UUACAGAUCCAUCGGCCAAUAUCUUCAGCUUCAAAAAGUGUGUAAAGAAAAAAAAAUUGAUGAUUGUUGGAAGUAAAUCGAAUGAUGGAAAUGUAAAUAUUAGUGAGGAAGAUGCGUGGAUUGUGCAUCCCAUACCUGGUUAUGUCGUCAAAUUCAAAGAAGUGGGGUUCUAUUUCACUUAUUUAGUCCUUGGUCCUUUAGUUAGUCGAGUAGAUUCUAGCUGUCGCACAUUGUUAAUGAAAGAGAAAUGCAAACUUUUUUUAAAUAUUUGCCACUGCGCACAAUUACCCCCUCCAGAGGACCUCAGUGAGGAUGAGGUUGCAAAAUUGUUGGAUUCGAGUGAUCCCUCAAGGUAUCGUAUACCAUUAUGUGUUGGUAAUGUUGAAGUGGUGUUAGACAGAAAAGGAGAAGAUUCUGUAAAGAUAGAUGUAGUUAUCAACUCUACGUUUUAUUUGACGCAACUCAAAAAGAGUGAAUUCUUCCGACAGUUACUGCUAUUGGUUGCUUCAGAAGCAGUUGAAAAGAAACAUGAUAUUAAGAUCGAUGUAAAGGGAGCAAUUAAAUUAAAAAAUCGAAAGUGUAUGGGUGAUUUGAGUGCUCAAAGAAUACGAAAAAAGCCGCAAGAGGCAUUUAUAAGGGAAAUAGAGGCAGUGAAACAGUCAGAGGAACCUAUCCAAGAGCAAUACUUUCUCCCAAAGAAUUGCCUACUUCUUUUGAGAAAUGGCAAACAGCUGGAAGUAAACUUGAAGCUUACUAGCGUGGAACCACCGGUAAAAAAUAUUGACAGGUUGAAUAUUCGGAUGAACGACGAUCACUUGUUAAUAAUUCUUGAUCGGAAGCAAACAAUCUUAGAUAUUUAUUUUCCGGUAAAAGUAGACUAUAAAAGAGUUGAAGUAAAACUGUUAUCAGAUGAAGGAAUACUACGGAUCCUGGUUCCUGUUGUUUGGUGA